AUUGAGGACAGCGAAAUGACCUAACCUAAAAGGUCUGUAAAACUUUAUAUUAUGUCCAUGUACGUUAGAUUUGUGUCAAAAAGAUUGGUGUAGCUAACCCCAGGUAUGGUUGGGAUGAGGUUUUUGGGUUUUAACUUUUAACUUAUCACAUCCAAACACGAAGGAACCUCCUUUGAAGGACAUGGAAUGUAUUUGAUUAAUGUUUUCAUUGACCCUAGAACUUCAUUUUUGAUCUACGCACCAGUGCUCUUGCAUUUUCAUUCAACAUUCUUUUGACUACCUUCCUUUUAGGACAUGGAUUUUCUUUACCUAAUGCCUGCAAAUGUCCCAGGACAUACAGUUCCUUUUAAGCUGUGAAAUAUUUUAGAAAUACCUUUGGUUAAUGCUCUCUGAUUACUUAUUUUUAUUUUUAUUUUUAAGAUUUGUGUUUCCUAAAUUGUACUGAUGCACAUUGCAGCUGAUGUAUUGGAAUGCUUUAGCCUUAAGAGUGAUGGAAGGAUCAUUGUGGUGGUUCCAUAAUAACUGGGAUUAAAAUUCUUUCUAGGUUGAGCUCUAUAAGAUGCUCGGUUCUCGGCACUAUCUUGUGAUUCUUCCCUUUCAAUUGAAGGGUUUUUCAUUGAUCUUUUCUGCUUAGUCUCUGCUCGUGCUUGCUGAUUUUCCACAUGCAUCCAGUCUUACUUUUAUUACUCAUGGAUUCCCUCUUGAUGGGAUGGAAAGGAUUAGACUAUACUUCUUAGCAGAAAACCUUGUGCCUUAUUCCUUUUAUGGGACUGGUAAAAUAGUAAGAGUUUGACCUUAUUGGAGUCCCAGAAAAUUUCAGGAACAAAUAAUCAUCAGGAUAUCAGAAUGCAAUCCUAAUUGGCACCUCAACAAACAAUAGUUUAUUCAUUUCUUCAAAACCGUUCAGCUGCCCCCAUAUAUACAAACCUGUCUUGGAGACCAAUAAUUGAGCGGUUGAGAUUCAUGCACGGAUACAAAUAAAAAGGGCUAUGGAGGUUUCAGUCCUGCAGGUGCAUCACUAGGACAGCAGUACGGUGGAUCUACUCUUCCACUAGAGUGAGGGAAGGGGUUCUAAUCGACCAUGAUACAAACAUGAAAACUGAGUAGGAAGAAAGACAACAUACAUGAAAAAGGAGUCAAAGAAAGCAAACACUGAAAAUGGCUUGGCAUAGACUAGUUAAUAUGGAGACAACCCAGUACAUGAAUUGCCUUUUUCUUCCCUUUGUCUGUUUUAGAUUUUGUCUUUGAAUCGACAGCCAGUUUAAGCCAAGGAAGGAACGCUAGAAGUAAGAAAACCGGAAGAAAGGCUUGGCCUCCCCUUAGCCUCGAUGACUUGCCUGUUUCCCCUUCACACCCCUAUCAGAAGAGGUAGAAGGCACCCGCAUCCCCAUGUGGAGAAAUUGCCAGCAUUAUCACCAUCUUCUUCUUCUUUUUCCUCCACAUCUCUCCGGAUGUCACAAUGCUUCAGAACUUCAAGUAGAAACCGGUGAGGAGGACAGUGACAGUGUUGUUUGUUUCCUCCUAUUUUCUCAAGUAUAUAAGGGCCUUCCAGCUUCCCCAACACAUAGUUUUCAAAGAAAAAGAAAAACAGAUCAACAGAGAGGAUCACAUUUGGAAUGGUCCCCAUAUUCCAUUAUUCUCAUAUUGGGUCGUGUUUAUCUCCACUAAGAAUAUUUUUAUUCGUCUGCUUUACAUAAAUUACUCUGAUCUCUACAUCAUUGCUAUUUUUUUAAACUUGCGUUUUUUCCUUCUUUUGGAAGAGUGGAGGAGGGCCUAGUCAUUCCCUGUGAAAAAAACAAAGCUAAAGAAAAAACGAAUGAAAAAAAGUGAUAACAGGUGGAGGGUGCCUUGUCUAAAGAAGUAAAUGGAAGGAUAAAGAAUGGAAAGGCAGUUAAAAAGGCAGUUAUACAACAAAAUAGGGGCAUUUUUAAGUGAGAAUAUUUAAGCAGAUAAGCCUUUCUUUUUAAGGAGUAGAAUCACUUUGCACCGUCCAUUCUCAGUCUCUUACCCCUUUCAAAUACUUGAGAGAAUCCAUGUAUUUAAAGGCGCUGAUCCACUUGAGGUGCUAAAUGCAGAAUGAUGGCUCUUUCUAUCAAUAAUAUAUGUGUAUCGAUAAGUGAUAAAGAACAAACACUCUGGACAUCCUUGGAAUAACUUAUCCCAUAUUUCCAUUAUAAUAAUUUUCUGCUCUUGGCAAAUUCAGAGCCGAAGACCAUCCGUCUUCCAUCUAAUGGUGGAUUACCUGUGGGCUUGAAGAUUUUUUCUGAUCUAUGAAGCUGCAGGCCCAGAAAAUACAGAAAUGUGGGAAAGUUAAUUAUAGAUUCAUGGGAACAUAGAUCUAAUUGGUAUGGAGUAGAGUGGAGAUGAUGGCAAAUAUGCAAUGCCAAUUGCCAAGAAGGUUAGCGAUUUUUGUGUGUUUGGGCAUGCAAAAGCAUAUAUAGAUGGAGGAGAAAGGAAGAAAGAGGAGAUAUUGGUAUGACAGAAGAUGAGAAAAGAGGAUGGGAGUGAUGGUAAUACUAUAGUCAACACAAGUGAGGCGAUUACUGUGAUAAGGCAAUGCAAAAGCCUCAAACAACUCCACCAGGUUCAUGCUCAUACCAUCACCACUGGCCUUUUAUGGGGUUUACACCAUUCUUCUCUGCUCCUAACCAACAUCCUCACUGCCUUCACCGCUCUUCUCCCGACCACCAACGCCUCGCCAACUACUCCAGCAGCUCUUACAGGCUAUGCCCUUUCAGUCUUCAAUCGCAUCCCAAACCCAUCAACCUUUGGCUACAACACCAUGAUUCGAGCUCACACCCUCCUCUCCUCCCCUCUCGCUGCACUUGUCAUCUUUGUCCGCAUGCGCCGCCUCUCUGUCCCACCGGACACUCACACCUUUCCCUUCUGCCUCAAAGCUUGCUCCCUUCUCCCUGCGCUCUCCCUCGCGCAAACGCUUCAUUCCCAAGCCUUCAAGUUUGGGUUUGGGGCCGAUUUAUUCGUCUGCAACACCCUUAUUCAUGUCUACUCUGUCAAUAAGCAUCUGCAUCAUGCAUGCCAAGUGUUUAACGAGACUUCCCUGAAAGAUGUCGUCUCAUAUAAUGCAUUGAUUGGUGGCUUUAUUAAGGUUGGCGACACUGACCGUGCACGUCGGCUCUUUGAUAAAAUGCCCAUCCGAGAUGCCGUGUCCUGGGGCACCCUCUUAGCUGGAUAUGCCCAGAGUGGGGACCUCUGCAUGGACGCAAUUCAACUCUUCAAUAGAAUGCUCAUUUCUACCGUGCGUCCUGAUAACAUUGCACUGGUUUCUGCUCUCUCUGCUUGUGCACAGCUUGGGGAGUUAGAACAAGGCAAGUCUAUACAUGUCUACAUUAAGCAGAAUAGAAUCCCAAUCAAUGCCUUCUUGUCCACGGGCUUGGUGGACUUGUAUGCAAAGUGUGGAUGUAUUGAAACUGCUAGGGAGAUAUUCGAGUCAAGCCCGGACAAGAAUUUGUUCACAUGGAAUGCCUUGCUGGUCGGGCUUGGCAUGCAUGGGCGUGGCCAUCUAUCACUGCAUUACUUCUCCAGAAUGAUAGAGGCUGGAAUCAAACCAGACGGUGUGAGCUUCUUGGGAAUUCUUGUGGGGUGCGGCCAUGCAGGUCUAGUCUGUGAAGCCCGAAAUUUUUUUCAGGAGAUGGAAGUUGUCUAUAGAGUCCCUAGGGAGCUCAAGCAUUAUGGUUGCAUGGCGGACUUGCUUGGGCGGGCUGGUUUGAUCAGAGAGGCAAUGGAGAUGAUUGAGCGCAUGCCAAUGGGGGGAGAUGUGUUUGUGUGGGGUGGUGUGCUUGGCGGAUGUAGGAUACAUGGGAAUGUUGAGAUUGCAGAGAAAGCGGCUGAGAAUGUGAUGGCUUUAAACCCUGAAGAUGAUGGAGUCUACUCGAUCAUGGCUGACAUCUAUGCCAACGCAGGGCGAUGGGAGGAUGUUGCAAGGAUAAGGAGGUUGAUGCAUAGCAGACAGGUCAAGAAGAACCCCGGUUGUAGUUUGGUUCAAUUGACUAAUGGCGUUUUCCAUGGUUUUGUUGCAGGGAGCGCAUCCUCUUCUUACAUCCUUAAUGGGAUGGAGACGGAAAAAGGAAUAUCAAUUUCAAGCAUCAUGGCAUGUAACGCAAAAUGUUCUAGCUGCUGGCGUCUGGAGCUCGCCCGAUCCAUUACCCGUAACCAGAGGCAGUUUUAAUAAUAAUAUUGUGAAG